AUGUUUCGCUCACUCAUAUUACUUCCCGCUCUUGUCGCCUCAUCUUAUGCCUUGGUAUCCGCCGUGGACUCGUCCACUCUUGUGCCGAAAGCUACCUACGUCAAGGCCUUAGGAGAAGGCUUUACCAAGGCCAUCAUACGCGGAUAUUCAGAGGCAUGUGGCAUUGGAGGCGAGGUUGACCCUAACUUUGUUGGGUCUUACAACAACGCUCGAGCGGCAGGAUACACUGACAUCGAUACAUACUGGUUCCCAUGUAACGGUUCUGGAAAUAACUGCAAAUCAUACGCAACCCAGUUAUCCGAGAUCGCGGCAACGUUCAAGGCCCAUUCCAUGAAGAUUGGAACUAUUUGGAUUGACUUGGAAAAGGACUCCGCUAUCUGCAACAACUGGAACUAUGGAACUGCCGGAAAUCAGGCCCAGGCCAAAUCUUUGCUUGCUGCAAUGAAGGCCACUGGGUUUAACUUUGGAAUUUACAGCACACCCGGAGAGUGGAGUACGCUCUUUGGGUCAACCAGUUUUGUUCUCGAUAGCUCCGCACCUCUCUGGUUUGCUACCUUUAAUAAUGUCAAGACGCUUACUUUAGGAACGCACUUUGGAGGGCAAGUCCAAUAG